AUGUUAAACUUUGUGAUAGUUUUUGUGGUGUCGACCUGUAUUGCUUACAUAGGAUAUUACCAAUGGACCAGAAGAAAAAUUCGUGCCACUUUCGCCAAAAUGAACGGUCCAGUUUCGUUGCCGUUGAUUGGAAAUUCGUACCGACUAGUCAAGUGGACGUCACAAGAAUCCAUAUGGCGAGGAAUGGUGGAACUGGCAAACAGUUACGAGUCUCCAGUGGGUUUAAACUUAGGCCCAGUAAUGCACGUACUGUUGUACAAACCGGAACAUCUGCAGGUUGUGAUGAACUCACCCUACUGCCUCAACAAAGCCUUCCAAUACUCGUUCCUUCGCGUGGAGAAAGGAAUAUUCGCAGCACCAGCUCACGUGUGGAAAGAUCAACGUCGAAUACUGAAUCCUACCUUUGGACCCGUUGUUGUUAACAGUUUUAUUCCGAUUUUCAAUCAAAAAUGCACAAUUUUUGUUGAUGUUCUCAAGGAGAACUACGCGAAUCGAGGACCAGUUGAUGUAUUGAAUGCUCUUUCGAAGUGUACCUUGGAUCUCAUAUGCUCGACCGCAUUUGGGUUGGACUUCGACCUGCAGCGGUCGGCCGAUGGAGAUCAUUUUCUAUCGAGACAGGAAGAAUACGUGGACAUCUUUAUCGAUCGGUUGGUCAAACCGUGGUUCUAUCCCGAGUUUAUCUAUCGUUUGACUAAGGGUUACAAGCGAUCAAUGGAAAUUCUUGAAGAAUCUAAAGACCGUAUGAAGCGCGUGAUGGAUGAACGGAACUUGAACCAGAACAACAAUGAUGCUGAAAGCUUAAACGAAGUGUCGCAAGACAGCUACGUCAAGAAGCCGCAAAUUUUCUUGGACAAAUUGUUGGAACUAGCUCAAAAAAAUAAAGAACUCACGGAUGAGCACAUCAAUCAGCACCUGGACACAAUGGUUUUUGCCGGAAAUGACACGACGGCAGCUACGAUGUGUAGUCUUCUGCUGAUGCUGGCCAUGCAUCCGGAUGUUCAAGAGCGAGUCUACCAGGAGAUCGUUCAAGCCUGUCCCGACAAAGAUAAGGAGGUCACAAUGGGUGAAAUAUCCCAUCUACCCUACACCGAAAUGGUUUGCAAGGAGACAAUGAGACUGUUUCCGGUGGGUCCCGUUAUAGGAAGAACAUCUACGGCGGACAUCAAGUUAGAUGAUAACUACACGAUUCCUGCCAAUACAGCUCUUACGAUGUGCAUUUACAUGGUCCAUAGAAAUAAGGAAAUUUGGGGUGCCGACGCAGAUCAGUUCAAUCCGGAUCAUUUUCUUCCGGAGCAGGUCUCGAAGCGGCAUCCUUACUCGUUCGUGCCCUUCAGUGGUGGUGCAAGGAAUUGUAUCGGUAUAAAAUACGCCUGGGUCGCGAUGAAGAUUAUGUUGGUGUAUGUGCUGCGAAGAUACCGAUUGAAAACGCCACUGACGAUGGAUACACUUAAGAUUAAGUACACCAUUGUGCUUAAGAUGGUCAGCGGGUGUUUGCUUUCGUUGGAGGAACGACAAUAG